AUGCUAGCGACUGAGAAGACAAAUCUCGUACUAGAGGCUCCAGGGGAAGGGCAAAAAGGCCUCACCGAUGUACCCGUCUUAACUGAAAAUGAGCAGGACGACACGCCUUCUGCGGCUCGAUACAUUCCGAUGAAAUAUCGGAUCAUCGCCUUUUCUCUGGUUAUAUUUUUCAACACAAGCUCGUCAUUCUCCGAGAGUACGCUCAGUCCGCUCAAAUCAACAUUCCGAACAGAACUUGGGGUCACAAAUGCUCAAUAUGGUGCAAUAUCAUCUGCAUCCAGCUUAGUAAACACUAUCCUCCCUGUGCUUGGUGGUCUCGGUAUCGACUACUGGGGCGCAACUUAUGCCUUCAUAAUGGUUGGAGCGAUUGUUUCGGCUGCAGGUGCCAAUACGACCCAUUUUGGAAUGGUAGUUGGCGGUCGAAUUCUGAUGGGUUUCGGUUCAAUGGGUAAGUUCAAACUUCUGUACAUUGCUUAUGAAAGUCAUCGAAUCGGCCCAGCUCAAGCUAUACUCCCACUGGUUUCGUGGCAGCCAUUUGGCGCUGGUCAUAGGCAUAGACCUCGCUUGGAGCCGAGUCCUGUCGGUGAUCAGAUUCCCGCUUUUACUACCGUGGCCAAUUUAAUCGUAUGUAUUUUGUACUGGUAUUUCGAGAGGAGAGUACCUCAAAAAUACCGACCGCCGCUUGGGAAGAACGCGGCCAGAAAGGAAGGUGCUUUGAGAAAGGUCAUCGAAUUCAAUAAUCUCCCCAGACUCAGCAACUUGGCUGAUAUUCAGACUCAAACAAGAGGUACAUCAAAGCUGGCUGCGGGAUAUAAUAGCUCGCUACAGAGUGUUGUUCCAAUCGUGAUGAUCCCUUUGGUCGGGGCUUUCAUUGAUCGGUUUGGCAUGAGAAUGUACUUCAUCUCCUGGACAGCAAUGAUGUAUAUCGUUGUUAUUGGAUUAAUUGGCCUGACUAAAGUACAUCCACUCGGACCUAUAAUUCUCGGCUCGUUCGCUCUCUCUACAUACGCUAUACCAUUCUCCGCAUCCAUUCCGGUCAUGAUCGGCGACGCGCAACUUCUGGGUACCGCCAUUGGUGUGUGGAAAGCGUUCGGAAACGGUGGCAUAAUUGUAUUUGACGUUGCUGCCGGCGCCAUUGUAUAUAUCGUAUAUUCUGUUGGCAGAUGA